AUGUAUGCAGGUGUCCAACCUGAGGCUGAAGGGAACUGGUUUACUGCUGGGAAUUCGGAUUUGAAGUCCAUGGUGACAAUCCCAGAUGGAGAGAUGCUGGCCUUGAAUAACAUGAUGACCAUCUCUCUGAACCCCCAAAUUUUGGCAAUGCAUGAACAAGAUAGGGAUGACUCAAGAGAACAGGUAACCACCCUAGGAAGAGAAAAAUUUAAUUCUGAGGCUUCCCGAAAGAGCUUCAGAUGUUUUCCAUACCCAGAAAAAGCUGGACCUCGUGAGGCUGUGAACCAGCUUUGGGAACUCUGCCUUCAGUGGCUGAGGCCAGAGAUCCACACAAAGGAACAGAUCCUGGAGCUGCUGGUGCUGGAGCAAUUCCUAACCAUCUUGCCCAGUGAGGUCAGGAUUUGGGUGAAGUCACAGCAUCCAGAGAACAUUGAGGAGGUGGUCACCCUGGUGGAGGAUUUGACCCAAAUGCUUGAGGAGGAAGUUCCAAGUUCCCAAGAUUUUCCUCUUCUCCAAGAAAGAAGCACAGAGAAGGAGGAAAUGUCUACUGUGUUACCAAUAGCCAGCUUUCAGGAAACCAUCACAUUCCAGGAUGUGGCUCCAGACUUCACUUGGGAAGAGUGGGCACAAUUGGACACUGUUCAGCAGGAUCUCUGUAGAGAUGUGCUGAUGGAGAACUAUAGAAACCUGGUCUUUAUUGGACUUUCAGUUUCCAAACCAGAUGUGAUCUCCCAGAUGGAACAUGGAGAAGUACCAUGGUUGCUGAAGAGUGGAGUCCCAAGGGGCAUCUGUCCAUAUUGGGACAUUGGACUUGAAGCAAAGGAGUUAAUUCCAAUGUGGGAAACUACCAUAAAGGAAUCUUCUCAGGAGACAAUAAUGGAAAGAACAAUGGGUCAUAGUUCCUGGGACUCUAGACUGGAAGAAGCUUUUAAAUGUUAUGGCUCACUAGUAAGGCAUCAGGGCCGCCAGGAAACACAUUUGAAGCAAGUAACAAUCACACAUGAAGAAACCUUAAGUAUGGAGAGAGGCUCUGAAAACAAUGAAUUUGGGGGAUGUUUCAGUCUAAGCUCAAUCCUAAUUACACAGCAGAGAGUUCCUAUAGUAAAUCAGUCAAUCAACAAUCAUUUAUUAGGUGCCUACUAUUUGCCAGGCACUGUGUUAGACACCAGUGAUACAAAUAGAGUAAAUGAGACAAUUCCUAGUUUUUAUAACUUUGACACACAUGGAAAGAGUUUCCAGAAUAAUUCAGAACUAAAUAAAUGCCAAAAAAUUUACACAGGGAAUUAUAGAUUGAUGUAUAAUGAAUUUGGGGAAGCCUUCAGUCAGAUUUCACAAUUUAACCUUCAUCAUGCUGGUCAUUCUGGAGAGAAACCCUAUAAAUGUAAUGAAUGUGGAAAAGCCUUCACCCAGAGGGCCUUCACCCAAAGGGCACAUCUUACUCAACAUCUGUUUACUCAUAAUGGAGAGAAACCUUUUAAGUGUUAUCAGUGUGGGAAAGCCUUCAUCCAAAUCUCACAGCUUAAUAUUCAUCAAAGAAUUCAUUCUGGUGUGAGAUCCUAUAUAUGUAAUGAUUGUGGAAAAGCCUUCACCCAGAGGACAAACCUUACUCAACACCAGAGAAUUCAUUCUGGAGAGAAACCUUUUAAAUGUAAUGAGUGUGGGAAAGCCUUUACCCAGAGGGCACACCUUACUCAACAUAUGUUUACUCACAGUGGAUCUAAACCUUUUAAGUGUACUGAAUGUGGAAAAGCAUAUAGCCAACUCUCACAGCUUAAUGUUCACCGAAGAAUUCAUUCUGGAGAGAAAUCUUAUAAGUGUAAUGAAUGUGGGAAAGUCUUUCCCAUGUGGGCAGAACUUACUCGACAUCUGAGAACUCAUUCUGGAGAGAAACCUUAUAAAUGUAAUGAAUGUGGGAAAGCCUUUACUCAGAGGGCAAGCCUUACUCAACAUCAUAGGAUUCAUUCUGGAGAGAAACCUUAUAAAUGUAAUGAAUGUGGGAAAGCUUUCACCAAGAGGGCACAUCUAACUCAACAUCAGUUUACUCAUAGUGGAGAGAAACCAUUUAAGUGCAAUGAAUGUGGGAAAGCCUAUGGCCAAUUUUCACAGCUUAAUAUUCACUUAAGAAUUCAUUCUGGAGAAAGAUCUUAUAAAUGUAAUGAAUGUGGGAAAGCCUUUACCCAAAGGGCAAGCCUUACUCAACAUCAGAGAAUUCAUUCUGGAGAAAAACCUUAUAAAUGUAAUGAAUGUGGGAAAGCUUUCACCCAAAGAGCACAUCUAACGCAACAUCAGUUUACUCACAAUGGAGAGAAACAUUUUAAGUGCAAUGAAUGUGGAAAAGCCUAUAGCCAGAUUUCACAGCUCAAUAUUCAUCGAAGAAUUCAUUCUGGAGAGAAAUCUUAUAAAUGUAGUGAAUGUGAGAAAAUUUUCCCCAAGUGGGCAGACCUUAAUCGGCAUCAGAGAAUUCAUUCUGGAGAAAAACCUUAUAAAUGUAAUGAAUGUGAGAAAGCCUUUACGCAAAGGGCACACCUCAGUCGACAUUUGCUUACUCAUAGUGGAGAGAAACCAUUUAAGUGCAAUGAAUGUGGAAAAGCCUUUACACAGAGGGCAUAUGCUAUUCAACAUCAGAGAAUUCACUUAGGAGAGAAGUGCCUUACACCUAGCAGGAGCUUAAUAAACGUUUGUGAAUUGAAGUGAAUUAAAAUUGAAAUGAAGUGAAUUAAAAUGUUUUCCUGAAA